CAAACAACGAAAAGCCAACCAAAUUCCCCAAUCGGCAAUGGCGAAAGGCGGGAAGCUAACGAAGCUGAAAUCCGUGUUAAAGAAAUGGAAUUCGAUGAACAAGUUCGGUCGUAACAACAGCAGCUCCAUCUCCGCCGCAAACCCCUCCGAUUACGACGAAGUUCAGGGAGGAUUUCAGCCAGUGUACGUCGGAAAGUCUCGGCGGCGGUACCUAAUAAGUUCCGACGUCAUUGAUCACCCUCUGUUCCGUGAGUUGGUGGAGAAAUCAGAGGGUUCGGAUUCGAUGACGGUAGGGUGUGAAGUAGUUUUGUUCGAACACAUGCUAUGGAUGCUGGAGAACGCAGAGCCACAGCCGGAAUCGUUGAACGAGCUCGUCGAAUUCUACGCUUGCUGAAUUAAUU